AUGGCGGUGCUACUCAGACCCUACCUGCUCCUCCUGGCCGCUCUGGUUCUGGUUCUGGUAUGUUUCGGGACGCUGGCCGACGCUUACCCCCCGAAACCUGAGAACCCCGGAGAGGACGCUGCCCCCGAGGAGCUGGCCAAGUACUACACGGCCCUGAGGCACUACAUCAACCUGAUCACCAGGCAGAGGUACAAGUACACACUCACUGUACUCUUAACUAAGUACUACACGGCCCUGAGGCACUACAUCAACCUGAUCACCAGGCAGAGGCCUCACAUCAAUCACCUCCGUCUGAACAAAGACCCCAAACCCAGUUACUGA